AUGGCGCCGCUCGGGGGCGGCGGCGGCGGACCGGGAGCCGGAGGAGGCUUGGCGGCGAUUCCCCGGCUGAGACAUGUCUCGUGGAUUGAGGAGAAAACAAAACACACCGGGCGACACCUUCAAUUCAAACUCAAUAAUCCGACCCAGAUGGCAAGCAACACAAACACCUCCGGACCUGAUCAGGUCUUCACCUCAGCAGAUCGCAUCCGCCAAUUGAAUGAAGUAGACAAGGAUGUGGCUCGACUGAUCCAUUCCGCCGGCUUGGCCAUUCAAGCCCUGACCAACGCCCGAACCAGCGACUCGUCGACAGACAACUCCCUGCAAUCCCACCAAGCGCGGUUCAAAGAAGCGACGUCCCAAUACUUUGCCCUCCUAUCAUCGAUCGAUGUGCGACUGCGCCGCCAGGUCUACGCUCUGGAGGAGGCCUCCAUCCUGGCGCCCGACUCCGCUUCUGCCAGGGCCGGCGACACGACCGGUGCCGGCGGGGCGGCUGCGGGUGCCUCCAAUCCGUUGGAUAUCAGUUGGUUGAACAGCAGAAAGGACACCGUAGGAAAGGACAAGGAGGCUGAGUUAUGGGCGGCUGCACGCGGCUUCGUGGAGCAGAUCAGCAACUCUACGGGCAAACAGGAGAGAAUGGAGGUUGAUUGA